AUGUCCUCGGCGCCGGAGAAGCAGCAGCAGCCGCUGAGCGGCGGUGGCGGCGGGGGAGGCGGUCCGGCCAUGGACCCCGCGGCCAGCGGCCCGGCCAAGGCCAAGAAGACCAACGCGGGCAUCCGGCGGCCCGAGAAGCCGCCCUACUCCUACAUCGCGCUCAUCGUCAUGGCCAUCCAGAGCUCGCCCAGCAAGCGGCUGACCCUGAGCGAGAUCUACCAGUUCCUGCAGGCGCGCUUCCCCUUCUUCCGCGGCGCCUACCAGGGCUGGAAGAACUCCGUGCGCCACAACCUGUCGCUCAACGAGUGUUUCAUCAAGCUGCCCAAGGGGCUGGGCCGGCCGGGCAAGGGCCACUACUGGACCAUCGACCCGGCCAGCGAGUUCAUGUUCGAGGAGGGCUCGUUCCGCCGCCGACCGCGCGGCUUCCGAAGGAAGUGCCAGGCGCUCAAGCCCGUGUACGGCGUGAUGAACGGGCUGGGCUUCAACCACCUCCCGGACACCUACAGCUUCCAGGGCGCGGCCGGCGGCCUCUCGUGCGCGCCCGGCAGCCUGGCCCUGGACGGCGGCUUGGGCAUGAUGAACGGCCACUUGCCGGCCAACGUGGAUGGCAUGGCCCUGUCCGGCCAUGCGGUGCCCCACCUGCCCUCCAACGGCGGCCACUCGUACAUGGGCGGCUGCGGCGGGGCGGCGGCGGCCUCCGAGUAUCCGCACCACGACAGCUCGGUGCCCGCAUCCCCGCUGCUGCCCUCGGCCGCCGGCUCGGCCGUCAUGGAGCCGCACGCCGUGUACUCGGGCUCGGCGGCCGCCUGGCCUCCCGCUGCCUCGGCCUCGCUCAACAGCGGCGCCUCGUACCUGAAACAGCAGCCUCUGUCGACCUGCCGGGAUGGCACCAACCCGCUGUCGGGUGGCCUCUCGGGCCACUCCCUGGACCAGCCGUACCUGCACCAGAACGCGCAUGGCAGUCCUGGCGACCUGCAGGGCCUCCCGCGGUACCACGCCCAGUCGCCCAGCAUGUGUGACCGUAAGGAGUUCGUGUUCUCUUUCAACACCAUGGCGUCCUCGUCCAUGCACUCAGCGGCCACCAGCUCCUACUACCACCAGCAGGUCUCCUACCAGGACAUCAAGCCGUGCGUGAUGUGAGGCCGCCCGCCCUGGAGCCCCGCAGACACGCCUUUAUCCUUGAGGUAUAACGUUAACGGCGCCGGGCUUGUGACCCACUGCCUGACCAGGACGGUCGCUUCCCCGCACCUCCCCGCACUCGGCAAAGUGACUGA